CAUGGACAGAGGUUCAUGGGUAGUCAGAUUAUUUUUAAGCCUGGCUCAGAGCACAGCUUAGUGUUUGGCUGCAACCUGAGUGGGGGCAGUCACGGUGUGUGGGGUAUCAGUGCGCUUGAACUUUCCUGCCUCCCCUGUCUCUCAGUCAUACACCGUGCACGAAUAUCGGUUGAAGAACCUGGACCUGCCAUGGCUUCCUGCUACACUGAGCCGUCAACACUCAGUGCUUGGAUACAAGAUGAAGAUGAGGAAGAGAAAGAGCCAAAAUCUCCACAAAGGAGCUCAAGUGAUGAGUCUGAGGAGUCAGAACCUGAGCCAUCACUGGCUUCUGUGGUGCGAAGGAAGGUUUCUUUUGCAGACGCUUUUGGCUUGGACUUGGUUUCUGUUAAGGAGUUUGAUAACAGAGUUGAGAGUGCUGAAGGAAGAGAGGGAGAGGAGUACCACCUGUCCUGCAUCUUCAGCGUCCCAAACUCAGAUGAGGAGCUGAAGCUCCGGCUUUGGCAGAACAAGCUGGAGCUGGAGAGCAUUGAGCUCCUGCCUGGCUCCACCACCAUCCGUGGCACUGUCCGUGUGCUUAACCUCUCUUAUCACAAGGUUGUUUAUGUACGCACUACUUUGGAUGGAUGGCAAAGCCACUUUGACCAGCUAGCUGAGUAUGUUCCUGGAUCCAGCGAUGGAGAGACAGACCGCUUCUCCUUCCAACUCACCCUGAUGCCUCCCUUUCCACCCAGUGGGGCCCGGCUGGAGUUCUGCCUCUGCUAUGAAUCCUCCACUGGAAUCUUUUGGGCAAACAAUGGAGGUAUGAACUAUGUGCUGUUUUGCCAUAAGAGAGGAAGGAGAACACUGAAAGAGAAGGAGGGAGGGAAAGAAAGGGAGACUGAAGAGAACGAUCAAAAGGGAAAAAAGAGCUGCUUGAAAGCUAUAAAAAAGGGGAGUUGUGCUGAGUCGAAGCCCACGGACAAGAACGGUGAACUCUCAGAGCAAGAGUCACCCAGGUCUGUAGAGAAUCAGAAAGGAAAAACUCAGCACAUAGCUGAAAGUCGAUCAAGAGAUGCACUAGAGGAGAACUGCAAAACUUUGACUGAAAGACGGAACAGAAGACGAGCAGCUCAGUUGGCACACUUGCAAGACUAUUUCUCUCAUAGGGACACAGAAGUCCAGCUAGGUCAACCUUCUCAUCAAGAAAAAUCUAAGAGAGAUUUAAAUGUGGUACUACCCAUGCCACAGCAUAGUAUUCCAGUGAUGACAGACACUUCUAGUACACUUCAAGUAUGCAGCAGAAAGGAGCAAAAUGGGAAUACAUCAUCGAUUCUACCUGACCAUCAGAUUCCCUUACUUCCCCUGGACUGGGGUAGAAACAUCUCAUCUCCACCUCUCUCUCAUCCAAACACUUCUGAGAUCAUUAGUGGAACAAAGCCAGAUGCUCUUGAAAAAGAGCGAACAGAGGAUGUGUCAACAGAGUUCUCAAAUGAUGCCUGGAAAGCUUUCCUCAGUGGUACAGAUAGUAUAGACAACCAGAACAAUGAUUUGAACCAAAAGUGCUUGCUUUGCGUUGCAGGGUCCAAUGAUUCCCAGGCAUCAAAUACAGAAUAUGAUGUGUCCAAUAUAGGGGACAAAGUAUUAUCAGUGUGGAGUACCCAGGAGUCUGCAGUGACCAGUGGGAAUGGCUCACACCAGUGCUUUACAGCAAUGGAAACUCUAGAGUCUGAUCCUGCUGAACUGUCACAAGCUCUUGACCCCAGUCAUAUCAGUGAGGUGUUGAGUUAUAAGGAUCCUGAAAAGGCACAGAUCAUUUCUGAACCACAUACUGUUCAGGAAUCAGAAUCAAUCUGGGCCCAAUGGAUGCCUGGUGUCACUGAGGCCCCACAUGACAGACAUAUACUUAGUGAAAGGCCUUUUAGUGAAGACAAGCCCAUGCUAUUAACCAACCCAGGGCAGACAGCCCAUGCUGAGGAUGCCACAGAGCCACUGUAUUCCAAAUCAGGAAAUGGAGUCUUGCUUGAAGAAUGUGCAAGCAGUACAGGGUUCUUAGACACAGAAAUGAAGGUAAAAGGGGACACAUACAGAGUAGUUGAAGAUAUUUUGACAUUUAACGGGAUCAGCAAGAAACCCUUUACAGACAGUAGGGAGUCUUUAGAACGACAGUAUAUAGAUGAAAGCAAAAAACCAACAAAAAAGAAAGAAAAUGAGAAAGUAUCCCAAAUGAAAAGGAUAUCUUGGAGUGAGUAUUCUGAAGAUGCUUUAGUGGUACUAGAAAGCAGAUUGCAAACAGAUGAACAGGAACCAUCCUGUCUAAAAGAUGAGAACACAGAAAUAUGGAUUUCAUCGAGGACAAGUGUGGUGUGUGAUGAAGGUGAACCACAUAAACAGACUGAAUGUCUCGAUAGGGGAGAAGAGGGGGUUGUGUGUUAUGAGUUAGUGAAAAAGGGAUUCUCUGACUCCAGUGAGAGGCAAGGAGAAGAAAUAUCCUCUGUAGAAAAUAUAGCUAAUAGAGAAUGUGAAAAUGGUUUAAAAACUGAAGGUCAGGGUAUAUAUGGAAGGCAGAAUGAGGGUGAUGACUACACAGACAAUUACCUACACAAGGAACUACACAAGCUUCAAAGUUCCCCUGAAACCUGCCCACAUGCACCCAAUCUAUGUAUAACUAGCCACACCAGUAGUCCACCUGGGCACUUCACCUGGACAGAAUCUGUGAGUGAGGGUGAACUUCUUCUUUUUCCUGCCCCUCAUAAGGGUUUUGAGAGUGAGGAGACUCUGAGGUAUAGGGUAGCUCCGGACCUCCAGGAUCCAGGUGUGGGGACUGAGUUUCCUAGCUCAUUCUCCAGGACGGCUUCUCCCUCAGUGGGCACAAUGUCAAGCUGGCUGCUGGUGUGCUGGGCCAAAAUCUCUACUCUGAGCUACAUCGCUGGGGCCCUCAUGUGUGCCAUCCUGUUUGUGAUCUUUGUAACUGCUUAUUUGCAUGACUUCCCAGUUUGCCUGGCCAUUUACCUGUUGUCUGCAUGCUGGUGGUGUAGACAGGGCAUGAAAAAGCAUGUGACCACAGCAGACAGUGUGGACUGACAUCAGUAAAGUAUAGGUUCCACUUUAAGGGCCCAACACCAGUUGUCUACACGUACGAGAGUGGCGUUUCUUUCUUCUGAAGAUGUUGCUUUCCUAAAUAAAAUAAUUUGAUGUUCAUUUCUGAAGGGCAGCUUCCUACAUUUUGUGAAGAUGGUGAAUAUAACAUAGCGGUGCUCAAAUAUCGGAGACCUGGAUAUGAAACCAAGUUAAUGUAGCAUCUAGAUCAUACAUGUCUUGCUUGUACAGACUCUCAAGAGUCAGGCUAACCUAAACUGGGAAUGUUUGACAUUCAUUUCAUAUUUAGUAUUAAUUACUAUGGUAUAUUUUACUUACAGUGAUAGAUAUAAGUUUCAAUGAUCCCUAUUUGCAUAAAAAAUUCUGUAGUACAGAUGUUCAGUGUGUGAGUUUAGUCGCUCUGGUAGAGUUUAGCAGCUCUAAGUUUCUAAACAUGAACCAGCACAGUUCUGUAGCAGAUUAUCUGUUGUAGUUUAUCCAAUCAAAUGCAUUUAUAUGAAAUAUUUAGCUAAAGGCAGCACAAUGGACCAGACACUAGCUAGAGUGUUAGAUACAUUGGAUCAACAAGAGGAGAGUUUUCACAGAUUUUUCUCUGGGCUGAUUAGUGAACUGACGACAUUGCUUGUUUAAAAAAAAGUCAACUAAAGAAUGUUUAAACAUGAAUGGGCAGACAAGUAUGUGUUUAUUAUCACUUUCAAAUUAAAAAAAAAAUGUUCAAGGUCUGUGGUGCUAGUCAAAGUGUGUUACGUGCCACUAUGAAACAAAAUGUUCAAUUGUCUUCAUCUGUUUAAUGGUUAAGAAUUAAAACUCAAGGUUGUCACCAUUCA